ACUACAAAUACUAAUUCAAAUCAGAUGCAUUUACCGCGGUCAACUAUUUUGCAGUUUAUCAAACGAAUAAUCGUUUUCUAAGAAUUAUGAAAGACUGUUGAAACAAACACGGUUUCAGUUGGUUGAGCGCAUACAUGUAAACAUUCGCAUGUUGUAGUUUCUAAACAAGUUUGGUUGAUCGAAUAUUUACAAACUUAAAAUAAAUUUCUAUUUUUGGUGGUAUGAUCUUAUAUUUUUAAGAUAUAAAUGUAAUUUUUUUAUGUUCAUACAUCAUACAUACAUUUUUCAUACAUAAUACUUCCUAGUGGAGCUGAUAAAGAGCUGCAAUGAGACUGUUUACUUUGGUUGUGCUGACCGUUGCUACGCUUGCUGUCAAUUGUCGGCGUAGCGAUGUUAAAGUAAAGAAACCUACAAGAUCGUUCGUAUCAGAUAUCAAAGAAAAAUACGAGUUCAAUAAAAGAAAAAAAGCGUGUGAAAAUAAAAAGAAAUCCGGAGAGGUGCCAAGUGGUAAAGUUGAUUCACCUAUUCUAGCCUACGGGUACCCUGACUUUAAUCAAAAAACCAAAAGUAUUACAGUAGACCCUAAAGCUACACUUAUACUAUCCAACAAAGUGAAGCAACCAAUUAGAAUUGGUUCACGCGAUUACGUGAUAUCUGGUAAAGCUAAGGAACUUGUUGCAUUUUUUGAGUGCUUUGGAGAUUAUGAUAUUAUCGGCUCAGAAUUAAAUGCAAAUGGCAGCUGGCCUGACAAUACAGGCCAAAUAAAGAUUGAGCUUCAAAAUAUUAAUCCAGGGAACGGAAACUUCGAUAAGACUCUUUUUGAAGUCAUGUUUGAUAUGGCUAUGGACGCUAUUCUAAAAGUCAUUGAUCCAACAGGAAUUGUUGCGUCAGCAUACGAAGUUGAACAGGCUUUGAAACCCAUAGUGGAUUUUUUACCGUCACCAUCUGAGUUUAUUGCAAAAGCGAAAGAAAUCUAUGUAAAAAAGAUAUCUAAAAAUGAAAAGAAAAAACUUAUGCUAUAUUGGUUAAAAGAGCAAGACAAGAUUACAAUGCGAAUGUGGAAAAAACCGGAAAACGUGAAAAAGGGUGACAAGCUUUUGAUGUCAUUGGUCAUGUAUACCAAACCAGAAAAAACGGUACGUGCUACAUACAACACCGCUCAGUCAAAAAUUUCAAUGAAAGAUAUUGCAAAAAUUUUGAAAGUUUUUUUUAAGAUUUAAUGUAUAUAUGAUCUAAAUAAAAUAUGAGUUUUCUAUGAGGGUUUGAA